AUGAAGCAGCCCUGCCCGCCGCGUAUCAAUCUUACUGGCGCGUCGCAUCGCACAUCGCCUAGUACAUUUCCAGACAGUCGCGCACUCGCCAUUGGUAGGGAAAGCGGCACGCCCCCUGUUCUCGUGCUUGAUAGAGACGGGGAGGAAGACGACGCUAUUCCCUCGCCGCACCCGAAGCUAGCAACACCCAGGGGAAGGGCUUAUUGCUACCGCAAUCGCCGUUUCAAGGGCGUGCGACAGCGAAAAUGGGGAAAGUGGGUAACAGAGAUUCGCGAUCCUCGCACGAAGAUUCGCGUGUGGCUGGGGUCGUACGAAACCGCGGAGGAAGCAGCGCGGGUGUACGAUAUGGCGGCGCGGAUCAUAGGGGGAGGCCGCGGAGGCGCCGCCUGCGGAAAGCUCAACUUCCCCGAUGAGGCGCAUCCUGUCGCCGUUCCGCGCGCCAUUGCGGAAGCGCUGCUCCGCACGGUCCGCGAAAGCAGAGCCCUGAGCGCCGCAGACGUCGCAGGGAGCGAGCGCCUCGUUGUUGCAGGUGACGCGGCGGACGACGCGGGCGACGGGCGCGACGGCGCGUGCGACCUGCCUGCGAGCUUCUUAUGCGACGUGGUUCGCCUGGAGGCUGUGGGCGACAGAGUGGUUGUCGCGGAGUGCCCCCCUGCGGCGGCAGUUGCGCCGCUUGGAGUGAUCUCGGUCAAGCUGGAUUCGUCAAACUUUGGUGGUUUCGGUGCUACCAGUAAUGUUAAUAACAGUCGUCAUGGCAGCGAGAUUGCAUGGGAAUUUGAGGGCGGCAAAAUGAGGGUUGCAGUGGUGAAGGAGGAGUCAGAGACAAUCCCAUACCUGGACACCAAAGUGCUACUUGACAUGAAGCCCAGUGGUGCAGUAAACAGGCAUAUUGCUGAGAAGGCAUAUGGUACUGAGAAUGCAUUUGCGGCCACUGACCCAUCCACCCCUCGGGAACCAUCGACUCCUGUGCACCCAUCCACCGAAGUGAUUGGCGCAGAGCCCGAGUCUCCCAGAAGCCCUUCCAGCAGCAGAAGCAGCAGCGGCAGCGACUUGUCAUCUGCAGGACACUCCCUUUCAGCUGCGACCUCUGAUGUACUGGAUGGUGAUCCUCACCACCAUGCCUCCACACAGCCUACAGAUGAGAGCCACAGCCUCCCAGCCAGUGCUGAUUCUGUGCUGGCAUGCCAGGCGCGGGUGGACAUGCUGACAGACAUCAUGAACCUGCUUGAUGAGCACUUGCCGGCCAGGCUCUCUUCUCUGACCGAUUCCGGCAGAUCUGACGGCCAGUUCGACGGCGCUCCUGAGGGUGGUGCUGCUGCGCAGGAAGCUAUUCUCUGGGCUCUGGCAAACACUCAGGAAGCUGCGGCCGGGCGGCAAUCCCAAGGGAUAGGUGCGCCCGAGGUUGUGGCUUGCCCUGCAGGAUUAACGGGCCAGGAGACUGAAGCGGAGCUAGUGAAUGUGUCGCCAUGGGGGUUGUCACCAGCAGCAGUUGGGUUCAACCUCUGGAGCUGA